ACAAACUGUCAUUUUGAGGGGUCUCUGACAGUCUUCAGACGACUGGCUGAGUGCUAUCACCAUCAUGCAUGCUCUGCAGAAGCUCUUCCUUUGUUGUGUCCUGGCAGGUUUCAGAGGAAAUGCCCUGGGAAGUGAAAUCAUAAAUGGCAAAAAGGCCAAGGAGAAGUCGAUGCUGUAUAUGGCCUCUGUUCAGAAUGAUGCAGGUAUACAUAUAUGUGGUGGAUUCCUCAUCAGUGCAGACUUUGUGGUCACUGCAGCGCACUGUGACCUGUGGAAACCCAAAAGUGUUGUUCUUGGCACACAUGAUCUCGACAAAGUCAACAAAACAAUGAGAUACUCUGUGAAGAAGUGCAAACACCCAUCCUAUAAGGAUGUUGGAUCUGGGAAUGACAUCAUGCUCCUCAAACUGCCAAAGAAAGCUCCCCUGGGUAAAAAAGGACUAAUUAAACCAAUUAAGCUUCCAAGUCAUAAAAUGAAACUAAAAGACAACAAAAAAUGCCAGGUGGCUGGAUGGGGUAUGACAAGUACUAAAGGUGAAGUUGAAAAUGAUCUGCGAGAGGUGGAAGUUCCUGUCAUUAACCUGGAGGAAUGUCAGAAGCAGUGGAAAAACACGCUUCCUUCUAAUGUUAUCUGUGCAGGUGGAUACCGCACAAAAAAUGGAUUCUGUCAGGGCGACUCUGGUGGACCUUUGGUGUGCGAUAAGCAGGCAGUUGGUGUUGUUUCCUACAACAGUGGUAAAAACUGUGACUACCCAGUUGAUUUUCCCAACGUCUACACCGACGUGUCCAAAUAUCUGCCCUGGAUCAAAGAGAUUCUGAAGAAAAAGAAUUGUUCCCUCGGGAAUGAAAUCAUACAUGGUAAAAAGGCCCCGGACAACCAGAUGCUGUAUAUGGCCUCCUUGCAGAAUGAUGCAGAGACCAUGGCACUGAUCUUCAUACAGCUGUUGCUUUUCAUCCUGAGUGGGGCUGAUGGUUCAAAAAUCGUGGGAGGCCAAGAUGCUGCACCCCACUCUCGCCCUUACAUGGCCUCUUUGCAAGUCCGAGGUCAGCACUUCUGCGGGGGAGUUCUGGUGAAAGAGGACUUUGUGCUCACAGCAGCACACUGCUUGAUAAAUAGACCGUUCACAGUUGUAGUUGGAGUUGAUUCUCUGUCCGGUGUUGAAUCUACAAAGCAAGAGUUCAGAGUGGCCAGGUCCAUUCCACAUCCCAACUAUGACGGACAUGAAAAUGACAUCAUGCUCCUGAAGCUCGGUGGCAGUGCUGCACUGACUGAAGCAGUGCAGCUCAUCCCUCCGAAAACAGGCAGGCCGAGGGAGUGCAUCACAGCUGGUUGGGGAGAUAUAGGGGAUAACAACACCAUAGCAACCAGGCUUCAGGAAGUCAAUGUAACACUUCUGUCUCGGCGGACAUGUCAGAGGAGAUGGGGAGCUGUUCCCAUCACCAGUUCAAUGCUUUGUGGCACUGGGGCCCGUGUCUUUCAAGGUUUUUGCUCGGGGGAUUCAGGUGGUCCAUUGGUUUGUGAUGGAGCUGCAGCAGGUGUCGUCUCCUUCUCUGGCCAGCGUUGUGGAGACCCCAGUACUCCUGAUGUCUACACUCGCGUAUCAUCCUUCAGACGCUGGAUAAGAGACGUGUUAAACAACAAUUAGGCUCUAAAGUUGAAUAUUGUCUGUUUGUUAAGGAGGUUCUUUAGCUUAUUAAUAAACAAACAUGUGGCUAUGUUUAAUAUACCAUAUGUUUAACAUUGUGGUUUUGUGGUUGUUCAGCUGAGGUAAUGAGAGCCGAAGUUUUAAAAGUGUAUUAUGAUCAAUGUAGCCUAAUAAUAACAGGGUGAAUGGUGAAUAAAUCAUGAAUUGUGUUGCCGAUGUUUUAUCUGUUUAUUAAAAAUAAUGGCUCAA